AUGGAGACUGAUGCUGAGAAGAAUAUUGAGAUCUGGAAGGUCAAGAAAUUGAUCAAGUCUCUAGAGAAGGCUAGGGGUAAUGGUACCUCUAUGAUUUCGCUUGUCAUUCCACCAAAGGGUCAAAUUUCUAUGAUUCAAAAGAUGUUGACUGAUGAAUAUGGUACUGCUUCCAAUAUUAAAUCGAGAGUCAACCGUUUGUCAGUGCUCUCUGCUAUCACAUCCACACAACAAAAGCUAAAAUUAUACACUAAGAUCCCACCUAAUGGUUUGGUGCUAUAUUGUGGUGAUAUGAUAACUGAAGAAGGUAAAGAAAAGAAGGUUACAUUUGACAUUGAACCUUAUAAACCAAUCAACACCUCUUUGUACUUAUGUGACAAUAAGUUCCACACAGAGGUUCUUUCUGAAUUGCUAGAAGCAGAUGAUAAAUUCGGUUUCAUCGUGAUGGAUGGUCAAGGUGCAUUGUUCGGUCUUUUGACUGGUAACACAAGAACAGUUUUGCAUAAAUUCACUGUUGAUUUACCAAAGAAGCAUGGUAGAGGUGGUCAAUCCGCUGUUCGUUUUGCUCGUUUAAGAGAAGAAAAGAGACAUAACUAUGUCAGAAAAGUGGCAGAAGUUGCUGUGCAAAAUUUUAUUACGAACGAUAAGGUGAACGUUAAAGGUUUAAUCUUGGCUGGUUCUGCAGAUUUCAAAACAGAUUUGGCCAAAUCUGAAUUGUUCGAUCAAAGAUUGCAAGCUAAGAUCGUCAAGAUCGUUGAUAUCUCAUACGGUGGUGAAAACGGUUUCAACCAAGCUAUCGAACUAUCUGCAGAAGCCUUAGCCAAUGUUAAAUUCAUUCAAGAAAAGAAAUUGAUUACCGAAUAUUUCGAUCAAAUCUCUCAAGAUACUGGUAAAUACUGCUACGGUAUCGAAGAUACUCUAAAGGCUUUGGAUUUGGGUGCUGUUGAAAUUUUGAUUGUUUUUGAAAAUCUAGAAACCAUCAGAUAUGUAUACAGGGACUCUGAAGAUAAAGAAGUACUAAAAUUCGUCGAACCAGAGGAACAAGACAAAUCAUACUCUCUUGAUAAAACUACCGGAGCAGAAAUGGACUUGGUCUCUGAACAACCAUUAAUUGAAUGGCUUGCGGAAAAUUACAAAAACUACGGUGCCAAUCUAGAAUUCAUUACCGAUAAAUCCUCUGAAGGUGCUCAAUUCGUUACUGGUUUCGGUGGUAUUGGUGCGCUACUUCGUUAUAAAGUCAACUUCGAACAAUUGAUGGAAGAUUCAGAUGAUGAAUAUUAUGAUGAAAAUGAAGAUGAUGAUGACUACGAUUUCAUUUAA